UUAACAAUUUAAUGCUAGAGUCUGAGAGGGAGCCACUGCUUAAAUCUUGCCAAAUCCAGAGCCCACACCUUCUAUGGCAGAGGCUUUCAGUAGCAGUCUUUUAUCGAGGGCUCCUAACCACAAGCUCAGCGUGGCAGAUCACGUCUUCCCUGGCCUAUAGCAGUCUCCUAAGAACCCCGGACCUAUUCCAGCUUCCUUGCACUUCUAGCUUCUCUUGAAGCUACCUUUUCUGAUGUCAAAAUUAUUUUAACAGUAGGUAGCUGAAGCCACCUGAUGUUUAGCCAUGAUCAGAAAUCCAAACCACACGCACUUUGUUUGCUGUGCUGUUUGUAAUAAAAUAAUUCCACCAGCCCCUUUUGGAGAAACCUUCAAACGGAUCCAUGAAUACAAGCCGUUUAAGACACGUUUCUAUACUCACAGAGAUAUACUGGAUAUUGGGGAAAGUAUUCUGAAUAAAGAAGAGAAAUGCCAAGAGGCUACACUCAAAGAACGUAUUGCAAAAGCAGAAGCUGAUGUAUGGAAUCAGGCUAAUGAACUCCAAAAACAAGCAGUGGAAAAAGCACUUGAAGAAGCAAAUGAUAGACACAAAUUUGAAAUUAAAAUUUUGGAAGAGAAACAUCAAAAAGAUUUACAGGAAAUGGCAAUUAAAACCAAGACGGAAGUAUUCGCCAGCAUGGAUGAUGAACUGAAGAGAGAACACACAGCUGCGGAACAGCGCAUGGUCCACAGAGUCCAGAGGAUUAUGAUGGAGUGCCACAGGGAGAAGAUGGAGGCUGUGCAGAAGGCCAGGGAGGAAGAAAGGAAGCUCGCCGAGGAAGUAAUCCAGGCCCAGAAGAGCAAAGCCAUCGAGGAACUUGUGAGUAGUGGUGUAUCAGUUCUUAAGGAUCAGAAGACAACUAUGACCCAGUUGAUGAGAGCAAAAGAACAUGAGAUGAACCUCUUAUUUGGCAUGGCUCAGAAGCAGAGGCAAGAAGAGGUACAAGAAGUGAUACAAAAAGCAGAGAAAACACAUAAGGCUGUGCUUGGCAACGUAAUGGGUAAACUGGUUGACACUCAGGGGGAGCUGCUGACCAUUGUGAAACAACUGGGAAUCAUGACAAACUGGAAAGAAUUUCUGGAGGAAGAGUUAGAGGAAACCAGGGCAGCAUUUCAAAAAUACAUCAAUUACACUUUUCCUAAGCUCUCACCAGGACAGGCUGAUUUUAUUAUGCCAGAAAGAAAGAAAACACCUUCCAACCUUGUUACUAAAAAGGAUGAAAUAGUGCCUAACUAAAAGUCUUGGACUGAAAUUUCACUGCAAAAGACAUUGUAGCAAAGACUAAAUAAACUUAUUCAAAACCA